AUGCCCUGGCUUCCGGAACGUGCGCUUUCUGUUUUCUUCCGAGCGAAGUGAACCUCUUCAGCCUCCGUAGGCAGUGGGCUCAAAGUGCCGGUCAAAAUGGAGGUGAAUCCCCCCAAACAGGAGCACCUACUGGCCCUGAAAGUAAUGCGGUUGACCAAGCCUACUUUAUUCACCAAUAUUCCAGUAACAUGUGAAGAGAAAGACUUACCUGGAGAUCUCUUUAACCAACUUAUGAGAGAUGAUCCUUCAACUGUAAAUGGUGCAGAAAUUUUAAUGUUGGGAGAAAUGUUGACCUUACCACAGAAUUUUGGGAAUAUAUUUUUGGGAGAGACCUUUUCCAGUUAUAUCAGCGUCCAUAAUGAUAGCAAUCAAGUUGUAAAAGAUAUAUUGGUUAAAGCUGAUCUUCAGACAAGUUCUCAGCGUUUGAAUCUUUCAGCCUCUAACGCUGCAGUGGCCGAACUUAAACCCGAUUGUUGUAUUGAUGAUGUCAUACACCAUGAAGUAAAGGAAAUUGGAACACACAUCUUGGUGUGUGCAGUGAGUUACACAACUCAGGGUGGAGAAAAAAUGUAUUUUAGAAAAUUCUUCAAGUUUCAGGUUCUCAAACCAUUGGAUGUGAAAACCAAAUUUUACAAUGCAGAGAGUGACCUCAGUUCUGUGACUGAUGAAGUAUUUCUUGAAGCCCAGAUUCAGAAUAUUACAACCUCACCCAUGUUUAUGGAGAAGGUUUCACUGGAGCCAUCUAUAAUGUACAAUGUAGCAGAAUUAAAUUCAGUCAACCAAGCUGGAGAAUGUGUAACUACAUUUGGGUCAAGAGCAUAUUUGCAGCCAAUGGAUACACGCCAGUACUUAUACUGCCUAAAACCCAAGAAGGAGUUUGCAGAAAAAGCAGGCAUCAUUAAGGGAGUAACGGUAAUUGGAAAAUUGGAUAUAGUAUGGAAAACAAAUCUAGGUGAAAGGGGAAGAUUACAGACCAGCCAGCUUCAAAGAAUGGCUCCAGGUUAUGGAGAUGUUAGGUUGUCUUUGGAAGCAAUCCCAGACACUGUAAACCUAGAAGAACCUUUUCAUAUUACUUGUAAAAUAACAAACUGCAGCAGUGAAAGAACAAUGGAUCUAGUUUUGGAAAUGUGCAAUACCAAUUCUAUCCACUGGUGUGGCAUUUCAGGAAGACAACUUGGAAAGCUGCAUCCAAGUUCCUCUCUCUGCCUUGCCCUCACACUACUGUCUUCAGUACAAGGACUGCAAAGCGUCUCUGGCUUAAGACUAACAGACACAUUCUUAAAGAGAACAUACGAAUAUGAUGACAUCGCACAAGUCUGUGUGGUAUCUUCGGCCAUUAAAGUGGAAAGUUGAAGAAAAUGUCCAAUGUUACACUUUUCAUUGAGUUGCCCAGAAUUUUCUGCAUUUUUGCCACCUUUGUAAAAUGAUCAACAGUAAAAAUAAGUAUGUUAUUUAAAUUUCUUUCUAUAAAAGUUAAAAUAUUAAAUAUUUGUUUUGAAAAGAACCAUCUACUGAUUUUAUCUUGUGAGUUAUAUUCCAAAUGAACAUUUGUAUAUUUUCUACACACAUGUGAUUUUGUUUCACUUUAAAUGACCACUGGACUUUGUUCUCCAAAAGCUCUGUAUUUGAGGCCAUGUGUCCCUAGCAAGUAUCUUGAACAACGGUCAGUAAACUUUUCAUGUAGAGGACCAGAUACUUCAUAUUUUAGACCUUGCAGGCCAUGAGGUUUCUGUUGAAAUUACUCUGCGGUUAUAAUACAAAAGCAGCCAGUAGGCUCUAGUGACUCAGACAGUAAAGAAUCUGCCUGCAGUGCAGGAGACCCAGGUUCAAUCCCUGGGUCAGGAAGAUCCCCUGGAGAAGGGAAUGGCUACCCACUCCCGUAUUCUUUCCUGGAGAACUCAAUGGACAGAGGGGCCUGGCAGGCCCAUGGGGUCGCAAAGGGUCGGAAACAACUGAGCGACUUUCACUUUAGGCAAAAAUUGUACCACAGCAUUUACAAAAACAAGCAGCUGGUCAGAUCUGACCUGCAGGCCAUAGUUUGCUGACUUCAAUCUAGAAGAUACAGUUGUUUCUUAAAACUUUAGAAUUCUCAUCAUACUUUCUUUAGAAGUAUUUUUGUUAACCCCAGGCUUUUUUCCUCAGUCAACAAAAAAAGUUUAAAACAACUGGGGUGGUCCUUAUAUAAUCUUGUAUUUGCUAACACACUAUGAAUUUUUCUAGUUGUUUUCAAAAUUAUCAUAUUGGCAUCUGUAUUUUUGUGUGCAUACACAUACAUCUAACUUGCAGCUACUAAAAGCAGAUCAGAAUUUAUUUCUUAAACUGUCAAUUACUCUGAUAACUCUAAGCUAAGAAGCCAGAUCAUUUUCUAAUUCUAAGCCAAGAAAGUCCUGUUUUUUUCCCAUUGAAAAAUAAACCACUUUUUUUUAAAGGCAUACUUAAAGGAUUUCCAGCUUCUGAUACUUGAUUUUGAACUCUACAUCAUGUAUUAUUAUUACAAAACUGUUUCUGCAUGUAAUCACAUUAAUUUACUUAUGUCAUAUACAAAACAGUGAGGAAAUUAAGACUAUAAACAACUUUGCAACAUGGAUGUAAUAAAAGUUUCAAUAUUUUGAAACAAAACAAAAACCAAUACCGUUAAAUAAAAACUUAAGUUGAAAUUCAA